UGAGAUGAUCUCCAAAUAUUGUAUGGAUUUUAUAACUGAAGCUUGUUGUUCAGCAAGUGAAGCAGACAUGGCACGUUUAAUAGAACGGCGACAAGCAGAUACAAAGGCUGUCCAACACCUUUGGUCAGCUAUAGAAAUCAUCAGAAACCAGAGGCAAAUUGCUAACAUUGAUCGUAUUACAAAAUAUAUGUCCCGGGUUCACGGUAUGCAUCCCAAUAAGACCACACAUCAGCUUAGUUUAGCAUUGAAGGAUGGCCUUGUUGUCAAAACCUUCACCGUGGGAUGCAAAGGUUCAAAAGCUGGUAUUGAGCAAGAAGGAUACUGGCUGCCCGGGGAUGAGAUUGACUGGGAGACAGAAACUCAUGACUGGUAUUGUUUUGAAUGCCAUAAGCCUGGAGAGGUGUUGACAUGUGACCUGUGUUUUCGGGUGUAUCAUUCCAAGUGUUUAUCUGAUGAGUUCAGGCUUAGAGACAGCAGUAGCCACUGGCAAUGCCCAGUUUGCAGGAGCAUUAAGAAGAACAUCAGUAAGCAAGAGAUGAGCACCUAUUUGCACUUCAUUGUCUCCCGAAUGAAAGAACAGGCUAUAGAUCGAAACAAAAAAGGCAAAGACAACAAACAUCCAAUGUAUCAUCGACUAGUACACACAGCUAUUGAUGUUCCAACCAUACAAGAGAAAGUAAAUGAAGGAAAAUACAGAAGUUAUGAGGAAUUCAAAGCAGAUGCUCAACUGCUUCUACACAACACCGUGAUUUUUUAUGGAGUGGACAGUAAACAAGCUGAUAAAGCCAGGAUGCUUUACAAAGAUACCUGCCAUGAGCUGGAUGAACUUCAGCUUUGCAAGGUCUAUUUCUAUCUAUCAAAUGAGCAUCCUAAAAAUUCGUUCUGCUAUCCUUGUAUACCAAAUCAUGAACUGGUAUGGGCCAAAAUGAAAGGCUCUGGAUUCUGGCCUGCGAAAGUCAUGCAGAAAAAAAACAAUCAAGUUGACGUUUGCUUUUUUGGCCAUCACCACCAAAGGCCAAUCAACCACACUGGAUUGCCUUUGCAAGAUGAAAUUGGAGGUGGACAUGUUGUGGAGCUGCAACUGGAGGAAAAAGAUCUAACAAAUAAACAACAGGGCGCUUCUCUUUCUAGGGCCUGGAUUCCUUCUGAAAAUAUUCAGGAUAUCACCGUUAAUAUACACCGGCUACAUGUAAAACGUAGCAUGGGCUGGAAAAAAGCAUGCGAUGAGUUAGAGCUAUAUCAGCGUUUCCUUCGGGAUGGCAGAUUUUGGAAAUCAAAAAAUGAGGAUAAAGGAGAGGAAGAAGCAGAAUCAAGCAUUUCUUCUACCAGUAAUGAGCAACUAAAAGUUACUCAGGAGCCAAGAGCAAAGAAAGGAAGACGCAAUCAAAGUGUGGAACCUAAAAAGGAAGUAAGGAACAGCAUGGCAAUUAAAUACAUGCACUUGUGGGAACCAGAGCCUGAAACAGAAGCAGUCAGUUCAAGUCAGGAAAUUCCCACAAUGCCUCAACCCAUUGAAAAAAUUUCAGUCUCAACCCAGACCGAGAAAUUAAGUGCCUCUUCCCCUAAAAUGCUGCAUCGAAGCACCCAGACAAAUAAUGAUGGGGUGUGUCAAAACAUGUGCCAUGAAAAAUACACCAAAAUCAUCAGUGACUUAAAGGCUGAUCACAAGAGGGAAACUGAGAGAGUUGUGCGAGAAGCUAUUGAGAAGCUGCGCACAGAAAUGGAGGACGAAAAAAGGCAGGCUGUGAACAAAGCAAUUGCAAAUAUGCAGACUGAGUGUGAACAAAAGAUUAAGCAGGUGAAGAAGUGCACGGAGGAAUUUUUAGAAGAAGUCAAGAAGCUGGCCAGCCAGCACAAAUAGCUGAUCUCUCAGACCAAGAAGAAACAAUGGUGUUACAAAUGUGAAGAAGAGGCCAUGUAUCACUGCUUUGGAACACUUCCUAUUGCUCCAUCAAGCAUCAGCAGUAAUUGAAGAAAAUUUGAAUUUUGUUUGAUGAAUAUGAAUGAAGGUUUAAUAUUAUUUUGUUAGUUUAAAGAGAUGGAUUGAUUCUGGGAUUAUAUAUGUAUAGGGCUGAUUAAUAUUUUAUUGUUAUUAGGAUAACUAUUGUGUAGUGGAAGAAGAAAUAAAUGAGAUUGGUGAUAAAAUGAGGAAUGUGAGAGAUUAAGAAUUAGAAUUGAUAAAGUGUUGUUCUAAACUUAAACUAUGGUAAUAAACUAAAUAAGUUAUAAAAUAGGUUUAGUAGUAAUAGAAAUUUAAAAUAGAAAUGGAAUAUUUAAAUGUAUCAUGUUAAUCAAGGGAAAUAGAGAGGGGAUACUGAAAUGUAUUGAGUUGACUUGUUUAUAUAUGUUUUUACUUUUGAAUGUUGGAUCACCCAACCAUCACGGUGGGUCUUGAGUACUUUUUCUUAAGAAUCUAAAAAAACCAAUAAAAUGUGUUAAAAAAAAA